AUGUCGAACUUCUUUAGAGAUUCCAGUUUGGGGUUCAAACCACGAUCAAAUAUCUUCUCCAAGUUGCGGGUUAAAGAUCCUAUCUCUGCCAAAUACCAGAAUGGUAAUCAAGAAAUUUCUUUGAUGGAAGAUGAAGGUGACUCUUCCAUGAUUAAUGAUAUCCUCUUCACAACCAAUAAAGAUGAUACUUCUUUUUCAGAAUUCAAUAGCACAGAACCUUCGAAGGAUGCAAAGGGUAAUAUUUUCCAACUGAAUACUAGUACACCAAAGGUUUCAAAGAAGAGUACUAUAAAAUCUUCCGAUCUCGUAGAUGACGAAGAUUUUGAGAUUACAGAAGUGAGGACAGUCCCCAAUUGUAAAACCGCCGGUAGUGAUGGUUAUGAGAAUCAAGUAGAAAAAAAAAUUGUUCCCAAACCUGUGCUCGAUGCACCUACAAGACGUGAACCAACUGCAAUGUCAAAUAUAGACACAUCUUCCAAUGAUGUUCUCUUGGAAGCUUUCACAAAUACCCAGCGUAUCUGUGUUAGCCUGAAACAUGAAUUACAAAACCAACAGACUGAAAAUACUAAAUUGAAGUCAGAUUUGAAAUCGUACCAAACCGACACAAGGAAGAUUCAGGACAAAAUUACGGAAUAUAAUGACAUACUGACAUCUUUAAGAGACAAAUCAAAGGAGUUGAUGGAACAAAAGCAAAACGAUAAAUUGAAAUUUCAAGAGUUGAGAAAGACACAUGAAAAUUUUGAAAGCAAGAUUAAAUCGUAUAGGGAAGAUAUCGAAUCUCUGAAAACUUCGUUAAACAGUCUAAAGAAUUUAAAAAAGGAUACUGAACUUCAACUGGCCAAAAAAAAUCAGGAAAUAGAGUACUUGCAAAGGGAACUAGACGAUUGUUCAGGACAAUUAUCUGAAGAGAAGAUAAAGAAUGAUAACCUUUUACAAAAUAUAUCUGACAAUAAAAAAGAAUUUGCAACGUUAUUGGACCAACAUUUUUCAGAAUACAAGACAUAUGAUAGAGAACAAAUCGAAGAAUUACAACGUACAAUGGCGGAAAAUCUCAAAAAUGAAUUACAGACUAAGUUGAAUACUCUCGCAUCAAGGUCUAGUACUGAAUGGAAAAAUAUAGCAAUUGAGCUUCAAGAAAAGUAUCUAAAAUUAGUCCUUAUUCCCUUGAAUCUUUUACCUAAGACAAAUAAUACUAACAUACCUGUAACAGCUUACUUUCCUACACUACAUCUGCUAUCAGAAAGUAUUAAAGAAGGAUGCGCGACUCAGAGGAAAGCUCAUGAAGAAACUCUACGGAAACUUACAGAAUAUAGUGUCUGUUUUACAGAUGUUCAUGAAGAUAUACUGAAGCAAAAGGAAAAUAUGCUUGGGGUGUUAACUUCAUCACUUGAUUCGACGAACGAGUCAGUACAAAACGGAAACAAUAAUCUGUCAUCACGUAUAGAAAAUAUGACAUCAGCGAUAUUGGGUUAUAAAGACGAGCUAAUACAUUGUAAGACGUAUGAGAAGGCUAUAAGCGAAUUAGAGAGUCAAAUUGCAGCUUUACAACAACAGAAGAUGGAGCACAUUACGGCGCUGGGAAUGAAAGAAGCGCAACAUGAAGAGUUGAUAGAAAAGUUUGAAGCACAGAAUAACACGAUUAUUGAAUUUGAGAAGACAAAAGCAGAUUUUAAUGAGAAAUUGAACUUAUCAGAGAGUAAAUUAAAUUAUUUCAAGAAUGAAUGUGCAAAACUGAACGAAACUAAAAUGAGUGAUACAGCAAAUUUUGAAAAUAAAAUAGCUUCGCAAAAUAGAAUAAAUAAUGUCUUGAUGUCAGAAAAUGAUACUCUCAAACAACGCAUCACUGAAUUGGAAGAAUCCAAAAAUAACUUUGAGAAGGAUCAAAAUGUGAAGUUUGAAAAUAUUCAGAAAUUCCACGAACAACUGCAAAAAUUAAAUGUCGAGAUUGUUCAAAUGAAGGCCCAUGAAUUGGAGCUAGCUGAAGAAAACAGAGCUCUGAAGAAAACAAUUGAUGAUAGUAGGUUAAAUUUCGAUGAAAACGUUGAUGAAUUAAGAUAUCUCAAACAACAGCUUGUUUUAUUGAAAGCUGAAAAACAAGAAUUGGUUGCUGAAAAAUUAGAAUUACAGGACAAAUACGACUCAUCUGAGAAGAUAGUAAAAAAUAUGAGAAAAACAGUAGCCACGUUAAAAACGAAAGUUACAGCCCAUGAGGCAGAAAUUAAAACUUCUGAGACGACGACACACGAGAGACAACAACAAUGGCAAAAAAAAGUUGACACCAAAAACCCUGCCGUAAAGAAAACUGUGAGAAGUUCAUCCUCAGAAAGAAAAUUGGAAGGCGUCGAAGCUAGAAGAAGUAAAUCAGCUAGUACAAUUGGGCCCAAACAUAGUAAUAAAACUAAAACUGGGAAAUGUAGUGAUGAAUUUGAUUUCCCUUCGUCUUCUUCAUCCAAUGAUGAUUUGGAAUUAACUAAUCCUUCACCGAUAGCAUCCAAAGUAGUCAAGAGGGGUCCCACUAUAAUGAGACCCCCCGCAAACACGGUGAGGAAGAAGUUGCUUCUGGUCGACGAUGAUGAUAACUCCAAGACUGAAAAUAAGAGGAAAAGAAGAAGAAAUUAG